UCUGGACUUGCUCUAAGGCUCUCAAUGCUCUCUCAUCGUAGGAUGUACCAUGAGUUGUUUCCGCAUGUCCUUCCGGUUCUUUUGUAUCGUCCUUCUUUUGAAAACCAUGUACGGGGAUUUUCCAAAACCGAUAAUGGAUAGAAUAUUCAUUAUCUUUGAUCCUAUGGCAGGAUAGGUCAUCUAUUCCUAUCCUGAGGAUUUGGCCUUUGGAUUUGGUUUAAUUUCCCUGGGAUCUGUACUCAACAAGCUUUCUUUUUCGCUUCCUCUGGUGUCAAAGAGCUGAUCAAGGUAGCGAAUAUACCACCUCAGUGGGUUGUCCCUUCCCACCAGGUUGUCCUAGCUGAGGGGAGGUAAUUUUCUUUUAUACUUUUUAAGGGGAGCUUCCCUUGUUGGUGGAUUGUGAAAGGAGAAUGAAGAAGAUGGAGCGGUAGUACUUCUCUUCGAUCUCUGUUCCCUUCACCCCCUUUUUUGUUCUUCCGGUUGAAUAAUAGUAACACCUCAACGAAUUUUGGGACUAGCUUUUAGCACAGUAAUAAAUAAUGGUGAUCCAUAUGCGCACUUUACGAACCGUGGUCCUUACGGACAACCUGACAAGGUUAUUCAAUUCCUAGAGAGAUCAGUAUAUCGGCACUGGCAGAGUUCAAGGAUCACAAUGGAGUCAAUUAGAUAUGCAUGAAUCCAGGCUCUAACUAAUUUUUAAUUUUAUUUUAUUUAAUAUUACAUUAUUUUUGUUGAGCAGUCUAUUAUGCUCACGGCCUUCGGGAUUACAACAUUUUCCAAUUUCCUCUCUUGUCGUUUUGGUUCUCUAAAAAUGGGCAUAAUUGUUGCGAUUGGUCGAAUUUCAAAGAGGUCAGCUGAAUCACUUUAUUCUGUUCGAUCUGUUUUACAUCUCUUUCUUUGUACACACAUAACAAAAGUACAAGAUUGAAAAGAACAUCUAAGAAUGGGAUAUGUCAAAAAGUUUGACAUUGACACUUUGAGAACUGACCACAAAUAAUUGGGUGUGUGAAAUUUCGUAAUUUUUAAUUUUAUUUAGUACAUAUUUUAAUUAUUAGUUUCCACGUAAAUAUUAUUAUUGGCUUGAAGAACUCUUAAAAUGUCGCCGACCCCUGCCCCUAUGCCUGGUGUUGUGAACAUUUCAAAAUGCCCAAUUUGAAAGAUCAAUCUCCAGUGAUCCCACUUAUUGGCGCUAUUUCUGAAAGUAAUUUGAUUCAGAGGAGAGCGAACUCUAAGGAAGAGUUAGAUUUUUCUUAUUAUAAAUACGACAGCUAUGAUGAUGUAUCCUUGGGUCCCGGUAGUCCACAGAUACCAGUUAAACCAUUCUUCCUCACAAGUCCAAAAAGAUUGAACAAUAUGUCGAGGGAUAAUAUGAUAUGUUCCAAAUGUGGAGACGGUUUUGAGCCUCAAGAAAAGAUUGUCAACUCUACAGGACAACUUUGGCAUCAACAAUGUUUUGUCUGUGCACAAUGCUUCCGUGAAUUUAGGGAUGGUGUAUUUUACGAAUUCGAUGGAAGAAAAUAUUGUGAACAUGACUUUCAAGUGCUGUUUGCUCCAUGCUGCAACAAAUGUGGAGAAUUUAUCAUUGGCAGGGUAAUCAAAGCCAUGAAUUCCAGCUGGCAUCCAUCUUGUUUCAAAUGUGAAAUGUGCGCCUUAGAAUUAGCAGAUACUGGUUUCAUAAAAAAUGGUGGUAGAGCUUUAUGCCAUGAAUGCAAUGCUAAAGUUAAAGCUAGAGGUUUAGGCAAAUAUAUUUGCCACAAAUGUCAUGCAAUGAUUGAUGAUCAACCUUUGAAGUUCAGGGGCGAGGUUUACCAUCCUUACCACUUCAAUUGCACAGCUUGCGGUGUAGAACUAGAUAGUAGCGCCAGGGAAGUCAGGAAUCGUUCUGGAUUUGCCAAAAAUGAGAUGAACGAAUUGUAUUGUUUGAGGUGUCAUGACAAGAUGGGCAUACCCAUAUGUGGUGCUUGCAGGAGGCCUAUUGAGGAACGAGUUGUUACAGCUCUUGGAAAACAUUGGCAUGUUGAGCAUUUCGUUUGUGCUAAAUGUGAGAAACCUUUCUUUGGCCAUCGUCAUUAUGAGAAAAAAGGUUUAGCUUACUGUGAAACUCAUUAUCAUCAACUUUUUGGAAAUCUUUGCCAUUUAUGUAACCAAGUCAUCGGUGGAGAUGUUUUUACUGCCAUGAACAAGGCUUGGUGUGUCCAUCACUUCGCUUGUUCGAUCUGCGAUCAAAAAAUGAACCAGAAAACGAAAUUCUAUGAAUACGACUUAAAACCAGUAUGCAAAAAAUGUUACGAGAAGUUUCCUAACGAGUUACGUCGUCGUUUAAGAAGACAACAUGAAGCCACCCCAAGAAAACCAGGCACACCAACUCCGGCUUAAAUAACUUUUUUUACUCUUUGGUUUUUAAUUUUAUUAAUUUAAUGACUACAUUUUCUUCUAAUUCUAACAGGAUGAGGCUAACCACGCGCUUAUCUAGAUAUUUCGUUAAUCUGAAUUAGCCAGAUAAUAUUUUAACUGUUUUUCCUUGAAAAAUAUCGUAUAUUCGAUUUUUAUACUGACUCUUGAGAAUUUUAUUUUGUUUAUAAUAAUGUCUAUCUUAGAUAGGUAGAUCCUGUAUGUGGUACUCAAAUAUUAUAUAAAAAGACAUUUUAAUAUUUAUUAUCAUGAAUUGACUAAUAAUUUUUAUAAUAUAUUGUUCAACAAUAUAUAAAAUAUAUAUUUUUUUAAUGUCUAAACCAGAUUUAACGACUUAAUAAUUACUGCAGGCUAGUUUAUCUUCCUUAGAAACGGUAGAUAGAAAGGAAAGUAUAUAAUGAUCAUGGCCGAUCUAAAUGUAGCAGCCAAAAUAGAACGGUAAUAGUUUUGUUUAUUGAUUAAAAGGAGAAAGAACAAAACGAGAACAUGAACCCAGAUAAUAGAUGAAAAUCAAUUCUACUGGAAAACAAUAAGAGUAACAUGAAUGAAAAGAAUAAUAGUAUUAGUAAUAAUACUAAUAAUAAUGAAUCUUUAUUUUAAAGAACCAUAAAAUAACAUCAAAAUGCAUUUCAGAGUUGACACUCUAUGCCAGAGGUAGGCAACGAGGUGCCCUAGGACGCCAUGGCACUCUCUGUGAUACUUUUAUGGUGUUGGUAAAUCAAUUCUAUCUAUGGUACACUCGUAGGUAUAGACAAAUAAAACGUUAUUAUUUGAACCGUAUAUAUUACCUCCAUAAGGCCUCUAUAACUUGCUCUUAUUGACAAAAAGAUUGCCGACCCCUGCUCUAUACAAUAACGGUCUAAACUGUUUAACAAAUCAAAUAACUCCGUUUUAAUUUAAGGAUUCAAUUUGUUUAAUUUUUGGUGUAACUUAUUGAAUAAUUUAAUGAUAUUAUAAUAGAUCAUAUGUAAUAAUGACAUUAAUAAUUGAAUAAUAUACUGAAUCAUCAACCGUAAUAUGAACAUGUUAUACUUAAUGACCAAUAUGAUGUAUUAGUUAUGAUGUAAUGCCUGUUCCACUGACAAAUACAAUGACAGUUAACUUAUAAAAAUAGAGGUUAUAGGUAUUCAUUAACUAUUUCUAUUAUUUUCAAAAAUGUAUUCAUUUAAACAUUAAAAAUAAUAUGAUUACAUAUAUAGCCACUGUUUAGUUUUUAUUUUAUUUAUUUUUUAUACGUUUAAUUGUUUAUUUUUAUUGUUCCUGGUUACGCCACUGCUUCCCUUUCCUCAAUCGAGAGAAGUAAGGUUAAAAAAGAGCAUUCAUAUUCGAACUUGUUACUUCAGCACAUCAACGUUUGUUGUAAAUUUAUAAUGAUAUAUUUUAUAAAACAGUACAGCCCAUUUUAAACCCAACAGCCACUUCCAAAAAUAGGGACAUCUUUAGACACCCCUCGGCGAAGUUAUUAACCUGCAGACUAUCCCUAAUUGAAUUUUACAUUAAUUUGUAAAAUUCUGCAAAUAAAUGAUUUUAUCUAUUCUGUGUUUAUUAGUUUAUUUUUAAAAUAUAUUCAGAAAAUUUUACUGAUCACUUUAAAUACGUACAUAUUGUAUUUUUCAUUGUAAAAUUACAGUAAAAUUUAGUUUGAAAGGUUUAUUUUUAUCUUUGUAUAAAAUUCUAUCACACCGAAUAUUUAAAAAUAGCACCAUGUAAAAUGUUUCGAUAUGUCUCGUUUACAUUCGGUGUGAGUCGUGGGGUCUGCUCCAAUACUGGUCCGACGCUCGUUUGAUUUUGUUUGUUAACUUUCAAUAGAACACAAAUUACAUCACACUAAUAGCGUAUUGUGGCUAAUCAAUUCAAUUGCGACAUACUGUUGCCUAUUUGUCGAAUUGUGCUGCCUUGAAAAAUCCAUUUUAACAUUUGUACUUUCUCAAUCCCAUAAACAUUUAUUUUAAAUUAAAAUGAACUAUUUUUCGCUUCGUAAUAAAAGCACAUUUUAAAGUGACAGUUGUCAAAGAGUAGGUACAACGAGAAAUGACAGAGUGAGAAACUAAAAUCGAUAGAGAGAUGAUUCCAUAGGUGGUGGAAAAGUUCUCCCAAUGCUGCGCAUUAAUUUUUCAAAAGUUGCACAGCUGUUAUUGUAUUUUAACUUUAAACAUAGGCACAGGACCCUCACUUGCACGCUUUCAUAUACAUUCUGUUUCACUCGGUUGAGAGAUGUGCGACGAAGACUUCAAUAAUUCAGCAUAAUUUUUCUCAAUAGUACUUAGUGUUGUACAUUAUAUGAACAAAAUAUCCGAUAGGAUAUCGGACUAAGGGCCAAUCUUUUCACCUCUGAGUAAAGUUGAAAGUAACUACUUGCUGAUUAAACUAUAGGGCUAUUGAACGUUAAUCUGUCGAGUAAACCUACAUGUAACUUUACUCAGAGGUGAAAAGAUCGGCACUAAAAUUAAUUUCUCAAAAUACAAUUAUUUAACUUGCUUGUGGAGAGUUUAUUGAAUAUUUAUGUUGUAUUCAAUUAGGGGAUCUUCUUUUUAAUAAUUUUGGGAUCUUUUCUAUUACAUCAAAAACAGUAUCCUCGUUAUGAAAUACAAUUAUAGACAGAUAAUAUUGGCAAUGUCCUGCACACUCGCGUUUAAAUGUCCGAAGUCAGAGCUUUAUUUUUACGGCAUGAAUGAUAAUUUUGAUAAUACCGUGUCCAUAUUAUGGUGAAUUGAUCUGUAUGCACUCCUAUAAUGAACUACACACUAAACUAUAUGCGCAUUGUAUCCUAUACGAACUUGUCCUUAAAAUAACAUAUCGCUGGUUUGCAAAAAUACUGAUACCAAUACACGCUGAAACAGAAAAAAAUUUAAUUUGUUUGUAAUCGUCCCCAUUUUUUUUUUAUUAUUUUGACCAACCGAAGAUGGAAAAGUUUUUCGAAACAUAUGUAGUGCUGUGCUAAACAAUAGAAAAUAAAAACGACCGAAUUAACCAAGGAAAUUUUUAUUUCUAUAAAAACAACAGAAAUCACUUAUUUUUAUCAUAUAAAAUUCUGGUCAACAUCGUUUGCUAAACAUUAGAGAUAGAGUCACUAUUGAUUUGAAAGAAACAAGUCCAUAUAUACCACGAAUAUGGGCUCAUUUCAGUUACACCUUUGAUGUCCAAACUUGAUUUUAAAAACACGCUUUUUUCUUUUUCAAGAAUGUUGACAAAUUUUGAAGACUUCGUUUAUUUUUUGUUUUGUUUUAAAAGUAUACGUCUAUUUUUUAAAAAAAUAAAAUUGUAUGUAAUAUUUUAUUUGUUUUUUGUGAAGCCCAAUUGUUUUAAAUUUAGACAUCAAUGAGAAGAUGCUUUUUUUUAUCAUUCUUAAUCUCAAGAAUAAUGACCGAUGUCUGAAAGGGGUUUUAAUAUUUUUAUGUAUUAUAUUACUAUUUUAUAUUAUAAUUAGUAAAGUUAACCUAAGAUUAAAUUAACUACAUUUUGAAAUAUGCAAUAAAACAUUUAAAAAUACCAUACUAUAAAAUCGACUAUUUUUACUUGCGACGUUGUUCUUGCCAACCAGCGAUAUGUCAAAAUAUGUAAUUGAUGUUUGAAAAAUUACAUUUAUUAUGACAUAAUAAUGCGGAUAAUAAAAAUAGACAUUGAUAGAAAAGAUAAAUUAAAACCGUGUUGUAAUGAGUAGUUGCAUUCACCUGGUGUAGAAAUUUUCAGGCCGCAAUCGCUAUUAGUAAUGGGAACUAAUGGAUUUACUUGUCCUUCAAAGCAAGGUGAGUUGACGAUCCAUACCAUUAAAGCGUGGCCCAAGAUCAUUGUAUAUUGGCAAAAACGUUUUAUUUUAACUAGUCACACUCAUACUGAUUUGUAUUAAUGAACUUUUUUUAUUAAUUUAAUUAUCUUUUUUAUAGAAAUAUUAAGAAUGUUUAUUAAUAAUAUAACAGUUUUUAUUAAUGUACCUAUUUAGUUUUAAUUAGAAUAUAAUUUUUACCAUAAUUGAGUUUCUGAAUACAAAUUUAGAUGUUCAAGGAUAUUUAACUUUUAUACCAUUCAAUUUGUUAGCAUUACGAUUUAUUUCACUAUACUCACUGAUAAAUUGGAAAAAAUCGAACUUUAGGUUGCAUUUACCGAGAAGCAGUUGACUACCCAUUUUAAAGUGGUAUAGUUGAAUACUCGAUUAUAUAUAACGUAAGUCUGUUACAUUUUUUAUUGGUCAAACCUAAAUGCCGAAUAUAUAUAUAUAUAUAUAUAUAUAUAUAUAUAUAUAUAUAUAUAUAUAUAUAUAUAUAUAUAUAUAUAUAAAAUAACGAACUUUGACAAUAAUUAAUACACAUGGCAAAUUAGAUAUCCUCUAAUUGUUUUUUUUUUUUAGAAUUCUUAAUGUAUUCAAGGGAAUAUUGAAAUUUUGUUAUGUCGAUUUGAAUUUAGGUUUCGGAUACCGGGAAGAACAAUCCAGUGUGAAAGUGUUAUUAAUUAAUUGUUAAAUAUUUAUAUUCAUGUUUCAUUUGUAGAAUAGUAAAUUUUCCUUAGAUCUAAAAAUAUCAAGUGUGAAAAUAAUUCACAUUUUUAUAACUUGCUAUUAAAUAUCAAUGCUGCUUUAAGAACUAAUAUUAUCAUAAAUACCUAUGUUUAUUUUUUCAAUUGCCCAAAUAUACUCAAUCUCAUGACAAUGGGAUUGAAAGAAUUGUGUGUAGUACAAUCAUUAAGUUUAAGUUAUGUUUCAAACAUUGUAUUCAGCGUUAGCAAAUGUUAUAGCAGUCGGGCCAUCAAUACUCUAUUUUUUAGCCUCUUCCACAAACUUCUCUUAUAGUGAAACUAUUAGCCUAAUCACAAAGCAUCUUUAAAUUUAUUCCUGGCGAGUGAAUUUUAAUCCUACAAGCUAACUGAGCUUGUCUGGGGUGACUUACAAAUGUACACAGCACUGAAAGUCUAUUCGGUGGACGAUAUUUCAAUUACUGUCACUUAAUUAUUUUAAUCUCUGUAAACUAUUAUAUAGAUUUCAUAAAUACUUUUUAGGAUUUAAUUUGUUAAGGAUUUGAGGAAACAUAACUUAAUUUAUCUGAAUUUUACUAAUCACAGUAACAAUUCAAAAUGUGGUUGAAACAUCACAUCGUCCAACUCUACUUUUUCUCUGAAUUGACGUUGACAUUUUUAUUUUUACGAAUUAACGGGACGGUAAAUAUUUAAUAAUGCUUUGUGAAUUAGGCUGUAUUGUGUCUCAUAAUUUGUGAUUGGCUAAGGUUCGAGUAAUGAAGGAACAUUGCGUUAGUACUAAUUAGAAUUCUUGGUAAAAUAUACUGCAUUCGAGCAUAUUCAAAUUUUGUCGUCAAAUGAGAUACAGUACAUACAGGGUGUUAAUAAAUGUUACAAAUACGAAAACCAACCGUUUUCAAGCAGAUAUUGGACUUAAUAAAAAUAUUGGUAUUAGUUAAAGAGUGUAAUUAAUGUUCACAAUCAUUUUAUUUGAUUUCUCAAAAUAAUGCCCACCAACUUUUAUGUAAACUGAAUAUCAGUCAAGAGAUAUUGCUACAAGAUUGCAUCAGUAUACUUAAUUACUGUUCGAUACCAUAUUAUCCCAGGAUUUGGCGACAGUGUAACCUCCAAACUUUCCAGAUUUCUUUUUAUGAUAGCAUAUCAGUCCAUAUUAAGUCUCAAGUAUCAUAGUAAGUAUGGCAUACUAUCAACUGUUGACAACGGUUAUUUUCUCUCCUACCCUGUGCAAAAAAAACAAUAAAGAUAAUAACCUGUGGCAAAUGGACUAUGUCCAAAGCUAACAACGACACAAAAAAAAUUAGAGAGAAUUAUCGAAGCAUUCAAAUAGAGGUUGCUUUUAAAAAAAGAUCCUAUAGAGUAUUUUUAAAAUUAUAUAUCGAAAACUAUGUUUAAACUUUAUUAUGGUAUUUCUUUUAAUCUGAUAAUAACUAAUUAAAAAUCAGAUUAUAAAGUUAUACUUUGUUAAAAAAAAAGCAACAUACGGCAAGCAGAUGACAGGUCAAGUUUAGAAAUAUAUAAAUUGAAAUGUCGGGUAUUGAUAGACAAUAUAACAGAAAUACUAUCAGAAUAAGAGAAGGAGAAGGCCAGUAUUUUAUUAAAAGACGAUCAAAAAAGGUGCAGCGAUUGCGAAUGCCAAAAUAAGAAAGAAAUCUUUGUUAUUAAAAAUACCUUACAUGGUGUUGAGCAUGUCAUAGUAAAUAAAUAUACAUUUUAUACAUAUUUAUAUUCAGGGUGUUUACUAAUAAUAUGCGAAUAUUUAAGGGUGUGAAUCUACAUGAAAAAUUGAUGCUAGUUUGCUUUAGUUCUCGGUCGAAGGUUUCUGCCUAAAAUGAGAAUUUCGUCUUUAGUGUUGGUUUUGGGCAAAAAACUGGCGAAACUACAAUUGGCACAUUUUCUUUAAAAAAAAAUUUUUUUCGAACCGUCUUGAAAUUAUUUUCAGCUUUGACAGUGGCGUACAUACGGUCAUUGACUUCGAUAUAUUUUAAGAAAAAAAUUGUGUACCAGUGGUUUUUUCCCAAAUAGAAUUUAUUUUUGAAUUCCUUGUUUAAUUUGAAUCUUAAGAGCUCUCCUGACCUGAGUUGUUUUCCUGUGACGCGCUGUUUUUGAAUAAAAAAAAAAAAAAUAAUAAAAACCGUUGAACUGUCCAAAAAAAUUAAUGUAAUUAUUGAAGAAUGCAAUUUUGAAAUAAAUCUAGUUGGCCUUUAUAAUUUUUCACUGAAAUAUCUCAAGCGGUUUCGAAAAUAUUAAUUUCCUUUUUUUCCAAAAUUCUUAGCACCCCUUAUUUUUAUAACGGAAAAUUUUUGAACUAGAGUUUGUAUAUCAUGAAUUUUUCAUGUAGCUGACAUUCUCAAAUAUUCGCAUAUCAUUACAGACAGAGGCGGCUCGUGACCUAGUCUACGAGGAGGUUAUCUACGCACAGAUUACAAAAUGAAAAAGUAUGCUAUUGCCUUCAAUUGAACGAAUAUAUUUCAUAUCCAUUCUAGGUAGUGAGAACACAGCAAAAAAAUGAAAUCCACCAAUCAUAUUUUGAUCAAACGACUGCUAUUAUUCAUAAAAUUUUAAAUAAGUGACAAUUCUGUCAAACUAAUUGUCAGUAUAUUUUUUAGUUAUUGAGAUUAAACAUACAUUAAAAUGGGUUAUUCUUGUGUAGAAUCGAUAAAUAAUAGCAUUUCUGAUUUAUUUUGGCUAUAAUUAUAAAUAAUUUGUUAAUUUAAAUAAAACUAUAUGAAGUCAAUUUAAUUACUAGUAUUAAAGCAUCAAAAAUGAAAGAUUAGAUGAUCCUGUGGUCAGCGUUCUUGCCUUCCACACGGAAGACUCGAGUUCGAUUCUCGGAUGGGGAAAAAUUAAAUGAACUAUUUUCUUUUUUCGUUUAUUUUAUUUUAAAAAUUAUUAAAAGUCAUAAGACUAGGCCACGGGCCAAUAUAUAAGAGAAACUUUAUUAAUGAGAGUACAAAAGAUAAUCGAUAAUUCUCUAAUAAAAUUUUACUUUACGCAAUAAACAAUCAUGCUUACAAUUGAUUUGUAUUGAAAUUUUUUUUUUUUAUUAAAUACAGCCAUUUUACCAAGAAACCUAAGACAUUUAUUGAAUUUAAGUACAUAUAAUACAUAAUAACAUAUUCGCAAAAAUAUUAAUCUUUUAAAAUACUGCUAUAUUUAUUAAUAAUUCUUAUCAACUUAGUUUGUAGUUAAAAAUUUGCAAUAUUGUGACUUGUAGUAGCUUUAUUUUUGAAAUUCAGAUUACAAUAAAGCUACUUACCUAAAAAUUCACACUUUAAAUCAUUUGUAAUUUUAAAAUAGUCAAACUUUAAUGAUGAAUCGUAUAAAAUUUAGUGAGUAGUAUUAUUUUAUUAUCAAACUAUAAAUAUGCCUUGCAUCACACCAUGGUGUUUCUUAAUAUGUUUUUAUUAGCAAUAUAACUAUGUAUUUAGAGCUUAUAGCACUUUUAACUUGCUAAUAAUCUAAUAAUAUAAAACACAGUGCCUUUAUAUAAUAUGCCUAUUAUCUAGAUCUGAAUGUAUUUUAUUCUAAAGUAUUUUCUGUGACACUGCUCACAAAAAAAUAUUAAAUUUUACAUUAAUCGUACAAAAUACAAAUUACUAGUUAAUUAUGAAUGUUUUUCUAAUAAUUGGAAUACACAUACACAAUUUGGGAAUACAUCGAAUCUGUGUCCUGCAUUUUAAAGCAGUAGGUAUCCAGAAUAUAUUUUAGAACAAAUAUAAAUCCUCGAAUAAGUUUAUUUUUGUAGAAAAUUUUAUGUAUAUUUAAAACAUGGUGCCUAUUUUUAGAAUAAUGAAAUGAAAGUUCUAUACCUAUAUACUUAUUCUUGGUUAUCGUAAACCUAUUUUUUUCUAUGAUAGAAAUAAAAGUAAUAUUUUUGAUAGAAUUAUCAAAUUAUUUAUUCUAAGAAACAAUUUUAGUAAAAGGAUUGUUAACAGCUUUUAUAUUUUUUACAUAUAAAUUUUAUGGCGUAGGAUGGUCAAGACCAUAAAUUAAUUUUUACCUACCGAAAUAUUUAUAUUAAAUACAUUUUAAUGGAAUAAAAACUACUAUCAUUGCGCUAAUUAAAAUCAAUUAGCUAGACAAUAAAAUUAACAGUUAUAUUUUGCUGAAAUGCCAUUGAAACAAUUAUUUUAGUUUAUGAAUAAAAAUAUUUGGUAUAACUCCUUUAAUUUUAUUUGACAAAUACAAUUUGUCAGGUCAGGUCAAUAUUUAUAUUUUUAGAGAAAAAAAAUCUUUUUAUAUAACAUUGAGUUGAGCAGCAGUUGUCAGAAUAUUUCUAUUAAUUGACUUGUCCUUCAUUUAGCGACUCGUCUAAUUUUGUUCAAUUAAUUGUACAGUAUCUUGUGUCGGUUUGAGGAUAAAAUUUUUGAUUUCGGGUCCAAUAAUGCUGAAAUGAGAGAAAUGUUAAAAAAAAAUUCUAAACAAUCUCUACUUUUUAAAAUUUGUUUAAUAUAAAUAUAAAAAUUAAUUAGAGCUUGCUUUAAUACAUCAACUACUUCCUAUAGAAAAUGUAACAUAUUUUUGUAGA